AUUGUUUCGAUUUCGAGUAUAUAGCCAACAGUAUAGUUCGCCUCCGGUAUUUUUUUAAUUUUUUUUUAACCUUCGCCUAGGUCAGGAGUGCAGGCCGCGACCCGUUCUCGUCCCUUCAGAUGGAUUGCUGCUUUAAGGGAUGAGUAACGAGGCCCAAGUAUUGGUCGUCGGGGCUGGGAUUGCUGGGGUUGCUGCGGCCGCACGACUCCUGGAAAACGGUUUCGAGGAUGUCCUCAUCAUCGAAGCUGAGGAUAGAAUCGGAGGAAGGAUUCAUACCGUCCGUUUCGGUGGUGGAAAUAUUGAUCUUGGUGGACAUUGGGUUGGAGGACAAGAUGGAAAUCCAUUGUUCGAGAUGGUUAAAGACCUGAAUGUUCUAGUGGAUUCAAAAGAUUUCAGCAAUAUCCAUUUUGUGCUCAAAGGGGGCAAGCAACUCAACAGUAAGAUAUCCAAUGACUUAUUCGCUUCAAUCUCUGAGGCGUCGAAGGAUGUCGAUUCUUUAAAAAACUUUGAUGGGAAUCUUGAGGAUUAUUUUACAUCACGGAUGUCCUCUAAGCUGGAAACAGUGACGUCUGAAGACUGGUUUCCCUCAGCAUAUCUUGAUUGGAUGGAACGAUUCAAAUGCCUUGAAAAGGGUUGUAAUACCCUGAAAGAAGCUUCGCCAUCCACUCUUUCACAGUUUCAGUUCUGUGGUGGAUUGCAGAAUUUGGUUUGGAAAGAGGGAUUUUCCGGUUUAUUCAAUGUUCUUAUGAAAAAACACCCAAUGCUGAAAGGGAAUGACAAAUGCUUAACAGAGGAUAAUUUCAAGCUUGGAACUGAGGUGACAGAAAUAAAGUGGUCUGGGAAUCGGUUGGCUGUGAAAUGUUCAAACAAUAAUACGUUCCAUUGUGACCAUGUCAUUGUUACUGUCUCAUUGGGUGUAUUGAAAGAAAAAGUAAAAACUCUAUUCAAACCUCCUUUACCAUUCCUUCAUCAUAAUGCAAUUAAUGGACUGGGCAUUGGGACUGUAAACAAGAUCUACCUAAAUUAUACAAGCCAAUGGUGGCCCGAUGAUUGUUCCGGUUUCUGUUUUCUAGAACCCAAGGAUUCUACCAAAAAGCUCUCAAAUGAAAAGACAAACUGGGAAAACGAUAUUGUCGGCUUUUUCACAGAAUUUGGCACACGCAAUACGCUUUGUGCUUGGGUAGUCGGAGGAGCGGCUGUCAACAUGGAGCUAUGCUCAGAUGAAGAAGUUGCCAAAGCAUGUACACGAGUACUUAAUAACUUCUUGGGAGAUAAAUAUGAUAUUCCAGAACCUAAUCAUAUGACAAGGAGCAAAUGGUUUUCAAAUCCUCAUUUUCGAGGGUCCUACAGCUUCAGAAGUACAAUAACAGAUAAAUUUAAGAUUAAUACAUCUGUCUUGAGGUUUCCUGUCAUUAACUGGGAUAAACCGAUGAUUUUAUUCGCUGGUGAAGCCACAAGUGAAAAGUUCUUUUCGACUACCCAUGGCGCCCUUGAAACUGGCUUAAAAGCAGCAGAUUGUUUAAUAAAUUUUUACAAAACGGACCCAGUAGUAGAUUGGCCAAAGGUAAUCAUAAUAGGGGCAGGAAUUGCUGGCCUUGCUGCAGCAAGAACACUGAUAAAAGGAGGUGUUAACAAUAUUAAAAUAUUUGAAGCUCAGAAAGAACCAGGUGGAAGGAUUAAAAGUUUCGAAUAUGAUAAUGGGAUCAUUGAACUAGGAGCCCAGUGGAUUCACAGCCCAAAAAAUAAACUCUAUGAAAUUGCUAAGAAAAGAAAACUUAUUUCUUCAUCAGUUUCUGAUGAAGGUCUAGGGCUUUACGUCAGACCAGGUGGGCAAAUAGUUUCUCCGGAUUUAGUUAAAGAAGUCAAAGAUGACGUUGAAAAUAUACUCUCUGAAUGCGAAAAAUUUAAAGACUUUAGUGAUAUCUCAAAAUGUCCAAUUUCAGUUGGGCAUUAUCUCGAAAGUAAAUUUAACCAACUUAUUCCAUUGAGGGCUGAUCGAUUUACAAAAGAAAUUAAAAAAGAACUUUUAGAUUGGCACAUAAGGUUUCAGCUCAUCGACAAUUCAUGUUCCAAUCUUGAUGAUCUAUCUGCUAUAUCCUGGGGACAGUAUGUGACCGAAGGACAGAGUCAUAUUAAUUUAAAAAAUGGUUACUCCUCGAUUAUUAAAUAUCUCCUUGCCGAUAUACCAAGUCAAUGCGUGGAAACUUCAAAGUCUGUGAAAUCAAUAAAAUGGAAAACAAAUGUUGAAAAUUAUACAAAAUAUCCUUGUGAAAUUAUCUGUGACGAUGGAGACUCCUGGAAAGCUAGUCAUAUUAUCGUAACUGCUUCCAUUGGUUAUCUCCAACAGAAUACUGAAUUGUUUGACCCUCAUCUUCCACCCAAUCAUCAACAGGCCUUGGAAUGUUUUGGCUUUUCAGUCAUAAACAAGAUAUUUCUGAAAUAUAAUGAACCUUGGUGGGGAAACACCAAAGGUAUCCAGCUUGUGUACAAUUCAUGCCAAGGGAUCAAAGAGUUUGAUAUGAAUGGAAUGGACUGGACAAAAGGUAUAACAGGUUUUGACACAGUUUCUGAAAAUCCCUCUUUACUUCUUGUCUGGGUUGGAGGAGAAGGAGCAAGCAAAAUGGAAAAAUUAACCCAAAAACAAGUGGCUGUACAUUGCACUCUUCUUUUGAGGAAGUUUACAGGAAAAGCAGACAUCCCUUUCCCAGAUGAUGUCAUACGAUCCACCUGGGGCUCGAACAAAUACAUUUGUGGUGGUUACAGUCACAUAACAGUCAAAGCUGAUAAACAUGGGAUUUGUCCUAAUGAAACUCUUUUAAAACCAGUGUUAUCUAAAAACGGAAAAAGUUGGCAUCCUUCAUUGUUAUUUGCUGGUGAGGCAGUGCAUAAAAAUCAAUUCUCAACUGCCCAUGGUGCAUAUGAAAGUGGUGAAUUCCAAGCCCUCCAGCUUUUAAGUUUUUUAAAAAAGAAAUUGAGUUAACUAUAACUUUUUUCUUUUGCAACUGAAGUUUCAUUAUAGAUAAAUCUUAUCUAUCCUGUCUGUGUAAAUUGCCAAAUUUUGUAGUGCUAGGUUGGCUAUUUGAGCCAAUAUUUUAUUUAUUGAAAAAAUGUAUACUCCUGUGAAUUAUUUCCUUGCCAAAUAUAUAUUUUACACUGACAAUACUUUAACUAUCGGAGUCCUGUACAUUGCAUCUUUUUUUAGACUACUCUGAACAUUGUGAGAUCAAGUUAUUUAUCUGUAUCCAGUCAAAUGGUGGGUUUUACUCAAGUUUUAUGUUCAUGAAAUUGCACAUUUUGUUGCACAAAAUUGCAUUUUUUGUCUUUUUGAAAAAACCACACAUGCAAGAAUAACUUACUUAUAUAAGUAAAGGAAAUAGGAAUUGACUGGGAUAAAAAUAUUUAAAAAACUAAGCCACUGAAAUUAAGUGAAUCCAUUGCAUUAAACCAACUUUUGAACUCUG